CUCACAUCAAUAGAUCUCCUAAUGCACGCUCAGUCAGCCAGCAUCAGCGGCUGCAACGUCUGAUUGAUACGAUACACUAAAUCUGAUCAUAAUUGCUUAUGCUAUUACUAUAGCCCAGGGAUGUGGAGAAUGGACAGCUGUAAUUUGCAAUAUGAGGAAUGUGACAUGUGACUGGCGAUGUGGGACAAGAAGAGUAUACUAAUGUCAGAUGACCCUUUCCUGCAACCAGUGCUAAUAUUACUACUACAGUAACAUAACAGACUUUAUCAUCUGUAGGGAAUCAACCCUGAAGAGGAAGGUGACAUUGGAAUCGUCAUGGAGUCACUAGAAACUACUGCAGAGGUGAAAAGCUCUAAAGAGGCUCUGGAUAAGACAGUUCCCCAGAGAAAGUCAGCAGCACCUAUGACUGGCCAAACUAAAAUACCCCCCUCGGCUGAUUCGGAAGGGGAGGGGUGGCAUCUAUGCCCAGAACCAGAGGACGACCAGAGUAGAACCACAUAUUGUUCAACAGAUAUGUCUGACUCAGGGAAACUCAGACAAUUAGAAGGGAAAUCACUACGCCAAUUACAGGAUCAACCCUGCAGUCAUCCUCAUUACAACGUAUUAACCUCAUAUCCACCACAGGAGAGACAGACAGUUCCUUUUGCUAGACAGAAAACAGCAGAUCACUUGCUUUCUGCACUGCCACUUGUCAGCUGUGGAGGGCCCUCUCCUCAGAGGAGCUCCCCCAGUUUACCCGUGUCUCUCCAACACUGUUCCCAGUCAGGAAUAGAGGAACUAUCCAAGGAGGUGUGUAGUAAGAUGGAGCAGAAGCAGCAACAGAGACCUGGGAAGUAUGUUUGUGAUUAUUGUGGGAGGGCAUGUGCCAAACCCAGCGUACUUAAGAAGCAUAUUCGCUCACAUACUGGGGAGAGACCCUACCCCUGCGUGCCCUGUGGUUUCUCCUUCAAAACCAAGAGCAAUUUAUACAAACACAGAAAAUCUCAUGCUCACUCGGUCAAAGCUGGGACAGUGCCAUUUUCAGAACUGGGUUCUUACAAUGCCAACAUGGAGGACCGGGGAUCUUUAGAAGGAGAAGGAGAGUUCUACUCUGAUGCUGAGCAGAGCUCGGACACGGACGAAGACGAUUCAUCGCUCUUGGACACUGUUUCAGUGGAGGAACCAGAUAGCACCACUGCUGUUAAAGUACUGAAUCUCAUUGCCCAGAAACAGGGAGUUACAUUAGCAUCAACAUUAUCUGAGGACGGUUCACCCAGGCUCUUGGAGAUCAAUGCUGCUCCAGCUGUUUCUCAGGUCAGCCAUGCAAUCCAAUCCAGCGCCAUCAAGCAGAGGCUGGCACUCCGGCUCUCAGAGAAAAGGAGCAGUGACACUGACACAUCUCUCUCCCUGCCUAGCCAGGGAAGCAAAGGCAGCACAGACUCAGGCUACUUCUCACGCUCUGAGAGUGCUGAACACCAAACAGGUGGUCCUCCCAACACAAACGCCAAGUCCUAUCAAGAGAUAAUGUUUGGAAAGUGUUACAAGCCGAACCCGAAACAACAGGCCAUAACUGUUGUGACUUGCAGGACAGACUUAAUGAGUGAUCGUAAGACAUCGGAGCGAGGUGUUUCCCGCGUAUUCACACAAGAAAAGGAAUCAAUGGUUGAAUCGAUCAGAAUAAACACACAUUCAUUUACAAGGGAGGACAUUAAGGAGGCUCAACUAGAGCUCUCUGAUUCUGGACAGCUGGUCCGGAGCAACUCGAUGCCCACGUCCUCGGUGGCAUGUCAGGACAUGUCACAAGGCCUGCGAGGCAGCCACUCCUUUGAUGAAAGGGCGUCCCCUGGAGGCAUUAGGAGACUUACGAGACAGGCUGCCUUUGAACACUCUGUACACGAUGGACCUCCUGACCACUACGGAAACAUCUCUGAUAUUUCCAACCUUGGAGUGGAGAUGGACAGUUUCAUCAUCCAACAAAAGCAAGCCAUGGAAUAUGCGACGAGGAAACGGCGGAAGGAAAACUGUGUUGCGGAGGAGGAGGAUGUAGGAGGCCAGUAUCACACAGACUAUGACCACUCUGAAGAGAUGAGGGACUAUGAUUCAAAGCAAACCUCUCAAGGUGCUCUAACCACUACAUCCUCAGUGAAAGGACAUGCCCAAAGCGUUCACACACAGGAUAGAACACAACGUGAUAGACUGGAAAGGGAAAUGUGGGAAAAGAGAGAGAGAGAAGAGAGAAGAUCUUUAGGUAACGUCAUCUCUGUGAUUCAACACACGAACUCCCUUACCAGGUCUCUCUCUGAACAGUCAGAUUCUUACAACUACCAGAGACGGGAUAAGCCGUCCUCAAUGGACGUGGUGGAGCAAAGCGAAACUAGAGAGAUGCACAAAAGGACUGAGAUCUUUGCACACCAGUUGAGUGACAGUAGAUUAUUAGAUAAGUCGUAUCAAAUGACACCUAAGCUAGUCCGUCAGUCCAACAUACCGGUCCCAGAGAUCAGGGUGACUGUAGAACCAGACAGUCCAGAGAAAGAGAAAGCAGCGGAGGUGAAACAGGUGAAGGCGAAGGAGCCCGAUAGACAUAUAGAGGAGUUCCAAUGGCCUCAGAGGAGUGAAACCCUGUCUCAGUUCCCCCCAGAGAAACUCCCUCCAAAGAAGAAGAGACUGCGCUUAGCUGACUUGGAGCACUCCUCUGGCGAGUCUAGCUUCGAGUCGGCUUGUACGAGCCUCUCCCGGAGCCCCAGUCAAGACAGCAACCUAUCCUACUGCUCCAGCUUCUCGUUUGACCGAGAGGAGAAAGAGAGAGAGGUUAUCCCCAAGCCAGCUUCCCCGGCGGCUAGACAGGAUGAGUUUGGCAAAGCAUUGGAGUUCUUAGCGGUGCCAGGAAGCGGCUACUCCCUCUCUGUCCUGAACCAACGUCAACAACAUGAAAUGAGACGUACCUCUUCAGAACAGGCACCGUGCCACUCCCAGUGCAGAGAGCUCCCAGAGGUCCGCAGCGUAUCGUUUGACUACGGCAGUCUCUCUCCAACGGCCAAAGUUAGACAUUCGGAACUCAGCGCCAGCUACUCGGAGCCCAGACGGGGUAACUUGGUAAGACAGGAGUCCUUGAAUGUUAACCUUGAAUUUGCACAUCCAGUCCUUCCGCUAAAUAUUCUUCCUCAGUACCUCAGCAGUGCCCUGUCGUUCUCAUCCACCGCUCUGCACUCUCAGUGUCUGCCAAUGUUCUCCCCUCAGCCGUCACACUCUGGUCUCCUAGUUCCUGUUAGAAUCCAGACUCAAGUGCCAUCCUAUGGUAGCAUCACAUACACCACUGUGUCCCAAAUUGUAGAUGAUCCGUUCGAAAGCGUUAACUCCACCAAAACCUCUUUACUCACUUCUCACUUCGCAAAUUUAGCCACGAAUUUGGAUACAUCUAAUCUCUUAUUAGGACAUCCUCGAGGACUGUUGACCAGCCCAGUCCAGGUUCACGUUCUAGAUCUGCCCCCAGCUAAGCUGAAGACAGGCAUCCCUCUCUCCCUGACCUCCAGGACGAUCUCCACCACCAACUGUGGAUCCAGUGGUGGGUCCAACAAGCGCAUGUUGUCUCCGGCCAGCAGCUUGGACCUAUUCAUGGAGGUCAAACAGCAGAAACGCGUCAAAGAGGAGAAAAUGUACGGUGAGAUAGUGGAGGAGUUGGGUGCUGUGGAAUUAGGGAAUUAUAAUGUGACUGAAGAGAACAAGCACAGUUUAAAGUCAGAGUUUCAAAGUGACACCAACCAAGGAGCAUCACUGUCAGGCUUUCCUUCAAAAUCCUCUUUGUCUGCCUCAUCAUCGCUUCAUUCUCAUAACGAGCCAGCAAGUGGAAGCUUCAUCUCACCUCAGCAACAAGGGUCAGAAAGUCCUGAUUCCCCUAUGGAUAACUCCCCAACAGAAGCAAGCCUACAUCCACAUGCUCUGCUUUCUCUAAAGGAUUUCAAUGAGUCUGGCAUGGACAGCAAGGCACAGAUGGAGGUGCUGGUGCAGCUAGUCAAAGGUCAGGGCAUCCUCAUCUCUGACGGGGAAAACACCAAACGGAUAUCUCAAUUUCCAAGUCUCCGCACAAUGACAGCUGUGAGUUGGUGCUAUCUGAACUACACCAAGCCAAACAGCACUCACAGCAGCUCUCCCCUGUCCUCUGUGUACGCUACGUGGUGCAUCGGUUCCCAUAACCCCAACCCUCCUAACCUCAACACCAGUGCCACCUUGGCUCUGCUCCGCUCCAAACAGACGACUAACACAUGGGUGUACACCAUGGCUGCCAUGUACCAACAUGGGACUGGGAAGCUGGUCUCCUCCUCACUCUUAUGGAGGCAGAGGCUCGGGCUGCUACAGAGCAAACCGGAGCUCAAAGAUCUGGAAGGGAGCUCCUAUGGAAGGAAAGUGAAGGAUGCCAGCUGCAGGGUAAAAGCAGGGAAGGAGGACUGGAAAGAGAGGGAGGUCUCCUCGAAACAAACAGCAGUGCCAACACCAACACCAACCCGGAUCAAAAUAUUUGAAGGAGGGUUCAAGUCCAAUGAGGACUAUGUGUAUGUGAGGGGCCGAGGCCGGGGGAAGUAUAUCUGUGAGGAGUGUGGCAUCCGUUGUAAGAAACCUAGCAUGCUGAAGAAACACAUACGCACCCACACUGACGUCCGGCCCUACGUCUGCAGGGUCUGCAACUUCGCUUUCAAAACUAAAGGAAACCUGACCAAGCAUAUGAAGUCAAAGGCUCACAUGAAGAAGUGUCUUGAGCUUGGUGUGUCAGUCACAGUGGAUGAUACAGAGACACUGGAAUCUGAUGACAUCCAGCAAGACUUGAAGACCGGGGUCUUGAGCACAGCCAAACACCAGUUCUCAGAUGCAGACGACUCCGAUGGCAUGGAUGAAGAGAUCGACGAUAUCGACGAAGAUGAUGAGGACGAGGAGGACUACGACGGUGACUCUACUCCCAAGAUCCUUUCCCGGAGCACCAGCCCUCAGCCCUGUGGCGUAGCCUCUCUGUCGGUCACAGCUGCCGCUGUCAUCCAGGGUGUGUCGUCAGACGUCCAUGGCUGUCCCCUCAGUUCCUUCCAUCCCCUCCCCAGCUGCCUCUCAACCUACACCCUGCCUAGCGUCGAUAUCCACCCCCACCCCUCCUCCACCCUGUCGGGCAUCGAUGUCCACCCCCAUCCCCAUCCCCAUUCCGCCUCCACUGUCAGGAGGACAGGGCCAGACCGGAGGACUGUCUUGGCCUCCAGCCUGGACAAGGAAGACUGUAGCCUGGCCAUGCUGUCUCCUGACCAGGGCUGUCUGUUCUUUGACCCGUACCCCACCUGUCUGCUGUCCCCCGGCUGGGAGUCCCCUCUGAGGGAACCGCCUAACUCCUGCCUCGGCUACCCCUCAACCCGGAGAGACCUCUCCCCCCGGGGACGCUCCUCACCUCGAUGGGACACCUCCCCGCUGAGGCCCAGCUCCCCCAACCUCACCCCCAUCCAGCACCUCUUCCCGGCCUGUAUGGAGAGGCCCCUGUCCCCAGGUGGAGUGGACCUGGCUGGGAGGAGACAGAGGGUGGUGCUCAGGGCUGUGUCUCCACGUAGAGGGGGCUCACAACAUAGAGACUCUGGGGAUAAAACCAGGCAGCAAGCCAAGGCUGAACUGGCCCAGCAGGGAGAAACCAUUGAAAUGGAUAUGGAUCAGAGGAGAAGCGUGCCUCCCUGCCUGCCUGGGUCCGCCUGCUCCAGUUGUCCCCGUCAGAACCUCUUCAGCCACCUCCCCCUACACUCUCAGCAGCAGGCUGGGACUCUCCUACCCAUGGUGCCUAUCGGAGGGAUCCAGGUACUGCGCUCUCUGCCCUCCUGCAGCUCUGACCGGACCCAUCUGUCAGCCCUAUCCCCUCAAAAGACUGAGCUCCACCAGGACAGCACUAAGGAGGGAUCUGUUCGUCUGGCAGCCCUCGGUGCAGAGGACUCAGGAGCCCAGCAGCAGGGGAGGGAGAGGGGGAUGGAGAGGGAGAUGAAGAGGGAGACCGGGAUGGAGAGGGAGAGGGUGUCCCCCCUCCAGACACCCCGGGACUCUGAGGAGGAGAACCCCCCUGUCUCUGUCCUCAUGGUCAGGAACCCUAAGCAGGAAGAGGUUCUUCAGACCUGCACCAAGGCCAUUGCCUCCCUCAGGAUCACCUCUGAAGAGCAUCUAUAGACUGGGGUUGCAUCCCAAAUAGCACCCUAUUCCCUAUAUAAAGCACUACUGUUGACCAGAGGGCUCUCGUCACAAGUAAUGCACUAUAUAAGGAAUAGUGUACCAUUUGGGCCUUUCCUCAUAUGGGACGUUCUUUGGUCCUUCCUCCAGGAGCAGCUGAGCCCCCCCAUCCAACGUCCAGUCCUCAGCUAGCAUGGUUCUAGAUCAAUUAGCGAUGUCUUGACAACUGCUAUGGUCACGCCAACUUCUCUGGUCACAUAUGAGUUGGCAAGACAGCACAAAUAGAUAUGGAACCAGGCUAUGUCCACAGUUCCUCUCAACCUCAUUCCACUAGACAGGCAGACAGACAGACAGACAGACAGACAGACAGACAGACAGACAGACAGGCAGGCAGGCAGACAGACAGACAGACAGACAGACAGACAGACAGACAGACAGACAGACAGACAGACAGACAGACAGACAGACAGACAGACAGACAGACAGACAGACAGGCAGACAGACAGACAGGCAGGCAGGCAGACAAGCAGACAGGCAGACAGACAGACAGACAGACAGACAGACAGACAGACAGACAGACAGACAGACAGACAGACAGACAGACAGACAGCUAGACAGACAGACAUAUAGACAUACAGCUAGACAGACAGACAUACAGCUAGACAGACAGACAUAUAGACAUACAGCUAGACAGACAGACAUACAGCUAGACAGACAGACAUACAGCUAGACAGACAGACAGACAUACAGCUAGACAGACAUACAGCUAGACAGACAGACAUACAGCUAGGCAGACAGACAGACAGGCAGGCAGACAGACAGACAGACAGACAGGCUGACAGGCUGACAGGCUGACAGACAGACAGACAGACAGGCUGACAGGCUGACAGACAGACAGACAGACAGACAGACAGACAGACAGACAGACAGACAGACAGACAGACAGACAGACAGACAGACAGACAGACAGACAGACAGACAGACAGAUAGAAAGGCUGACAUAUAGACAUACAGCUAGACAGACAGACAUACAGCUAGACAGACAGACAUACAGCUAGACAGACAGACAGACAUACAGCUAGACAGACAUACAGCUAGACAGACAGACAUACAGCUAGGCAGACAGACAGACAGACAGACAGGCAGGCAGACAGACAGACAGACAGACAGGCUGACAGGCUGACAGGCUGACAGGCUGACAGACAGACAGGCUGACAGACAGGCUGACAGACAGGCUGACAGACAGGCUGACAGACAGACAGACAGACAGACAGACAGACAGACAGACAGACAGACAGACAGACAGCUAGAAAGGCUGACAGACAGACAGACCCCAUUGGUUGGGUGUUGGGGGAUUCUUGUCUCAGUUUCAGUUCCUUCAGGUUUCUUCAUGUUAGUAAUGCAACGGUCAUGUGUCUUAACAUUCCCCUCCCCUCACUAUGAUCUAUAUCUGAGAGGAAAACAAACCUUUAAAAACAGAGACUUUAUACUCUCUAUGAAUUUUAUUUGAACUUUUAGGUCAGUGGAGUUCCUCGCGGCAAAGGAUAAGCAAGAGUACGGUUGAAGUAGUGGACACAGGUGCAAUAUAUGGGAUUUAAAGAGAAUGCUUCUACGUUAAUUAUGCUUGCAUACACUUGCACACAAACAGAAUCAUUUAUAUUUAUUAUACCCCAUAACACACUCUUAACAUAUUUAUUCAUAUAAAUGCAUAUGUGUACUAUUUUCAAAAUAGGCUUGUUGUUUAAAUUGUAUUCAUAUCGAGUGAUUAGUUAAGAAUUUGAUUCUUGGAGAGAAAUUGGAAAGGAUAUAACGGGGAAAGUAUCUAAAAAUAUGAAAGUAUUUGAAAACUGAAUCUGACCAAAUUUAGUGUAGACUUGCUUUUUGUCCAGUUUGGUGCUUUUGAUUGAAAAGCAAAGAUCUGUGCCUUUUCUUUGCUUUCUACAUAUGUUUUAAAUAAUCGUAUUAAAGCAAAGAAAAAGUGAAUAUCAUGUUUGAGGAACUUUGAAUCAGAAUUGUCUGACGUGACAGUGUUAUUAUCAACAAAGAAAUUGCACAAAAAAAAGAGCUUUUACUUUGUGGAAUUAAAUUUGCUGUUUUUCUAGCUACAUUUUAUGUAAAAUAUAUCUAUUUGAAAUAUUGGUUAUGUUGCAGAUUCUCAAUGUUGUGGUUUUAGCUUUUUGAACAAUCGCAUGAGUUUUUGCUAUUGCACAAAUAGAGAAGUGCACACGGUUACUGUAAGAUGUCUUUAUAUAUUAGAAACGUAUGCUUUUAUUGAGGAUGGUAAAUAUUUGUCUACUAUUUAUAUGCUGUAUAUGAUCUCCACUUAUGCAACAGUGUGUCUCACUGACCCAUGCUUAUGAGAUGCUUGUGAGAGGCUUGUGUGAUAGCUUAUGAGAUGCUUAUGAAGUCAUGUCAUUGCAUUAUAACUUAUGGCUUUAAGCAAUCGUUGUUCGUUAUUCUGGCCUUUUAAUCUUUUAUGAAUUUAAAUAAGCACUUUCAUCCUAUCUUUUAUAUCUGACUGAGAUGGUUAUUAAGGAGAAAUAAAAAAAAAACAAUCA